AUGUCUUCCAGUCCAAACAAUGACAAAGAGGAUAAGCAUUCGCCAGAAAUCGAGCAGAUCGAAAACUCCGAUCGAGGCGUCGCCCAACUAUCAAAAGAAACACAAAUUGGUAAGGUGAAAGCCCUCAGGAAGUACACCAAAAGUAUCUUGUGGUGCAUCUACGGAGCAUGGUGCCUCAUCCUCGCGAGCUUCGAAAAUCUCGCAGGGGGACAGGUCAUUGGAAUUCCCCAGUUCCGCAAGGAUUUUGGCCAUGUGUAUGCAGGCAACUAUGUUCUUGACGGCAGCUGGCAGAGCGCAAUAAACGGAGCUCCCGUAGCAGCUGUGGCCAUUGGAACCCUGGGUGCAGCGUAUCUAGCGGACAAAAUCGGACGCAAAUAUACGCUGCUAAUCGGUUUGGUGAUCGGCUAUGUGGGUAUCACCCUCGAAGUGACCGCAAAGACAAUCGAGCUUUUCUUUGUGGGCAAGUUCAUCAACGGAGUUGCAAUCGGGACCCACACGUCCGUCGCAGUGUCUUACGUUGGAGAGAUUGCACCCCUGGCCUUGCGUGGUGUGAUGACGGCCAUCUGCGCCUUCGCCUUCACCUUCGGGCCCUUUAUCGGCGCCAUUAUCAUGAACUACACCUCCGACACGGAUGGGCGGUGGGCGUACCGCGCUUUAUUCAGUUCGCAGUACGGCUUCGCUGUCAUCGCCACCGUCGUAUGGCCAUUCAUGCCCGAAUCGCCCUGGUGGCUACUCAGCGUGGACAAAGACGCUGCUGCAGCAAAGUCACUCAACUCGCUUGGUAUACCGGGGGAUGAAAUCCCCACACACAUCGCGCGCAUCAAAGCGACACUGAGUAUGAUUCGCGAUGAGACCGAAGGCGUGACUUACAUGGAGUGUUUUCGGCUCAGCAACUUACGCCGGACCAUCAUCUCUAUUGCUCCCAUGUCUUUCGUGGCUCUGAGCGGCGUCUACUUCAUCGGGAGCUACUUCACAUACUACGCGCAGCUCGCGGGCUACACCGCGCGGGAAUCAUUCCAGCUCCAGAUCGCGCAGCAGACCCUGAGCAUGUUUGGGAACAUCCUCUCAUGGUUCGUUAUCGACCGCGUCGGUCGUCGUGACCUUACAUUCUGGGGCCUUGUCGUGCUCACAAUCGUCCUUAUGAUCGCAGGCGGCCUGGGCACCCUGUCCGAAGUGCCCGCGAUCAAGGGCGUUAUUGCCCUCGAGCUGUUCUACGUGUGGUGCUUCAAUCUCACCGUCGGUUCCACCGCAUUCACCCUGCUUGCUGAAACAGCAACGUCUCGUCUGCGCGUCAAGUCCAUCGCCAUUAGCGUCGCCCUCCAGAAUGGCCUCUUUACGAUGUGGGCGUUUGUGAUCCCGUUUAUCUUCAACCCGGACAAGGCCAAUCUGGGCGCCAAAACGGCGUUCAUCUUCGGGGGCAUUUCGGUACUGUGCAUUGUUUAUGUGUGGUUCUAUCAGCCUGAGACUGCCGGGCGCAGUUACGCCGAGUUGGACGAGAUGUUUAUGAAGCGGGUGCCUGCGAGGAAGUUCAAGACGUACAAGACGGAGGUGGAGGUCCGAGACGAGGCAGUACUGGAAAAGAAUAACGGCGUUGACGAGAAGGAUGUAUGA